AUGCAGAUGGCCGAGAACUACUCGCUGUGCCUGCUUCGACCGCCGCUCCCUCCUGAAGACGAUCCUCUGAUGUUCGACCAUCUGAUCAACUCCAUCGCCAUCCCCUUAGUCUGCAUUCCGGGUGUGUUCGCGACCAUCAUCUGCAUGACGGUGUUCAGUCGACCUCAGAUGCGGUCCACGCUCAACGUGUACUUGGCUGGACUGUCCUUGUUCGACUUGUUGUUGUUGGCCAUGUCAUUGUUGAUCUAUCCGCCUAUGAGUUUGUGCAUGAGAACGGUAGGUUUUUUUGAACUUUAAAAUUAUUUUGAACUUUUAAAAGAUUUUAUUUUAAAAUUUUCUUAAAAAUGUUUAUUUAUUUUUUUGGUCAAGAAGUGCGUAGAAACGUCAUUUUGAUGGAAUUUCACAUUUUAUUUGUCUUUUUUCUACUUACUUUUUAACCAAUAAAGCGUUUCGGUAACUUAGUAACAGUAAAAUGAUGUUGUAAAUCAUAUAAACCAUUAAACUCCGGUUCAUACAACUAUAAAUUUCAAAAAAUUGACCAAUAAGACCUAGCUAUAUGCUUAUAAUGCAAUAACUCAUAAUGUACAAGAUGUAUAGACUAUUCCGUAACUUAAAAAAUUCUUUGUGAAGACAAAGACUCUUCCUGCCAGCCGGUUGUUUUUCAUUUCGCUUAACAGUUCAAAAACAAAUUUGGCGGUUAAUCAGGAAAACAAACGCUCUCUCCCCAAACGACGUUAAUAUCAGAGUUUAGUGGUAAUAGGCGGUUGUUUGUGCAAAACUAUAGUAGCUUCUGCUAACAUCAUCAUGUUGUAUGAGGAGAGGAACUAAAACACAGGAACAAACAAUGUGUUUGUAUUAGGUAUAGUACCUUAAGUUACAGUAGGUACUAUAUUGUACAAAUUGUGCAAAAGUAUACAAUGUGGUAGUUAUUCACAAUGUAAGAGCGCCUUUGUAGUACAUAUACUAUGGAAAACUGGGGAUAAUAUCUACUUUAGUACUAUCCUAACACUAUACGCUCUUGAAUAGUUUCAGUACAGUUUAAGACGGAAGAACUAUGGUGCGAUAAGACAACAAUCCAACUCUAAAUGGACGUGUUUAACCCUCACAUGCAACACUAUUCUAGCACCAUCAUAAUAGAAUGGCACGGCUCCAAACCUUAGAGUACUCCUUCCGAGAACUUGUGCAUAAUAAUAGCUUGUUCCCAGAAGACUGCCAUUCUUGUAUGAAUUCAUUAGGGAUAAUAUCAAACUCUGGAGUCGCAGAAUGAUUAACAACAAAUUGCAAAUGAACCGAGUACCGCACUUUGAGGACAUUAAGUAUUCAAUGAAUGCCGAACGGUGCACAACUUCUAAAUGCAUUCGAGAGAUUGAUGAUCUCUCCAAAUUACUAUCAAAUUACUGUUUCGAGGUUGUAAAAAUUGCAAAGGAUAUAAUCUAAAGGAUGGGUAGAUGAGUUCUAGUGUCAUAUUAUGUUUUGUACAAACUUUGUUUGAGGAUACCACAAGUUACAAGUUAAAGCACCCCCAAAGUCUCAAAACAGUGUAAAUUACAGUACUUUGAUGCAUAGAAUUUACAAAAAAAAAUUUUUAUAUAGAAAUUCAAAAAAUUUUUAAAAAAUUGUGAAUCAAUGCCAUCUUUCAGGGUAACCUCUCAAUCUGCCGUUUCUUUUGGCGCACGGCCUUGGUCACAUUCCCAGUAUCACUCGCCAGUCAGACUGCCAGUGUCUGGACUUGUGUAGCCAUCACGGUGGACCGUUUUAUGGCCGUACAGUAUCCAUUGAAAACUAGAAUUGUAUGCACUCCGAACAAGGUAACUGCAUGUUAUUAUAUGUCGCUUACACCUAUAUACACACACUCUUUUUUGUCAAUUUUUUUCAUCUUUUUUAUUGUGUUAGGAUAAGCUGCAAAUACGAUAGUUAUUCUUUGCCAAAACUUUAGUUUAAAGAUACAAAUUACUACCAAAAUGGCAUUAAAAGACGAUUCUACACAUUUUUCGACCAAGAAAUAGUUUUUCUUUAUUAUUUUUCCAAAAAUGCAUCUAAUGUUGAAUAAUUGUGGCAUCGAAUUGGCUCCUUUCAGGCUGCCCUAAUCCUAAUUAUAAUUGCCAGUCUGAGUUUCCUCUACAAAAUGCCUUCAGUCUUCGAAGUUCGGCUGAAUGAAUGUGGCCGGCUGGAGGCCUCGGAGCUGCGCAAGAAUGAAUUAUACAUCACCAUAUACAACACGUAUGGCUAUCUGCUGUUGUUGAUCGCCAUCCCCUGGUCGAUCAUGAUCAUCUUCAAUGUUAUUGUAGUCAGGGCUGUACAUCAAGCAUAUCACAAGCGACAAAGUCUAACGAAGAGCAAAGGCAGGGUGGAUGACAAGGAAAGGCGGUGUACGAUUAUGGCGUUGGUCAUGUUGACCACGUUUAUCUUGUUCAACAUGUUGGCGGGGGUAAAUAACAUUGUAGAAGCGUUCUUCAAAGAAUACGAGGAUUACUAUCGAGAGAGGAUCGCUAUUGGAAACUUGCUGGUUUGUAUCAACAGGUAACAUUUGUCAAUAUUUGACUACAAAACAACAUUUUCUAAACACAAACACAUUUUUUAAAGUAUAUAUAUGGAAACGUCACCUGAAAUGUCAUUAAUCUUAAAGUAGUGCAAUUUUUUUUGAUAAGUACAAAACUGUAGCUAAAUAUAAACAUCAAAAUCUGUUUUCAGUGCCUCAAACAUAUUGAUCUACUCGAUUUUCGGCCGAAAGUUCCGCCGAAUCUGUAUGAAGAUGUUCUGUCCAUGUAUCGACACCCGAGGCUACCUUUGGCUGGCCCCAACGAUAGCCAACCAAAGUGAAUUGGAAUAUAGAAAAGUAAGCAAUUAAUCAUUAACGCCUCAAUGUUUUUAAACUUAUGCUAAAGCAUCAUUUAAAACUAUAUUGUUUUAGAACAGCUCUCCCUCUCGUCGCGGUAGCAGUCUCAAGAGUACCAAAAAGGUGACCGAGACCGAAAUGAUACCCAAAUAUUCACACGCCUCCUCUCUGACGCGAUGA